AUGCUAGAACAUAUUCUCAAGGAAACAGAAAACGCUAAAAGCUUUAUCACUGUCAAAGAUGUUUGCGAAUCCGUCUUUAAAGGACAGAUGAAAAGUUUUCAAGAAAUAUACUCGUUAUCAUUCAUCGAAACCAGAGCAUCAUGUAUACUCACAGACCCUAGGCUUCUAAAGCUAUAUUAUAAUCUCAGCAUUUAUCAAUUUAGUACGAUCUUCUAUCAACUUCAAAUACUACCAGCUGAUGUAGUUUGGAAAGAGUUGUUGAAAUCGGAAAAUUCGAACAAAGUUGAUCCAAGGGUGAAUGACACUAGCAAUCAGAUCGAAGAUACUGGCAAAGACACCCCUUCAUGCAGCACGUCAAUUGUUAUUGAAAACAAAAAUAUGCCAGGAAUAUCCAUGAUUCCAUCAACAUCUACAUCCAUGAAUCCAGGAGACCAUAAUGAGAUUGACGGUGAUGCUCAGAAGGAAUAUGUUUCCGGACCUCAGCCGGGAAUCGGCAAACCAGGAGUUCAGAAUCCGACAAAUUCAAGCACGGAGCCUGGAAAACCUUUUGGAACUAAAAUAGAAGAUAAACCAACUUUUUUGGUAUCAUCAUCAAAUCAAGAUGGGUCCGAGCUGCUAAAUCAAAAUAAGGUCGAAAUUGGAGAUUCCAUGGAGGCUUCGGUAGUGCAAACCCCAUCCAAAUCAAACACGAACACUCCUGAUUUCGAGGACAAUAUACCUGACAUCUCCAGGCCGAAAGAAAUCUCAGUCGAUAAAUGUAUCGACUAUUCGUGGGAUCUCGAAACAUUUCUGAAGCAGAGAUCUUACGACCAAACAAUAGUGUGUGGCAAAGUGGAUCUUUGUUUGGAUGUGAAUUUGUACGACGAUUACAAGCUUCAACCAGUCCACAUGAAAGUUAUAUUAACCGCAAGAUUAGAUGGUUUCCAGUACAUCAAGUACCCACCGUUUGUUAUUCUUCCUUUGAAAUAUCUUAAGCCAGAAGAUGCGCUGAAGAGGCUCUACGACAUAUUUCAAGACACAAUUGAGUUUACGUUUUCUCCAGAUUCGGUUCUGAAUGAUGACUGUGUUUAUCAAUUCCUGGUGUCUACAAUCAAAUACUCCACAAAGUCCAGAUUGCUCGUCUGGGAAUCCAACGCAGCGAAUCGUAGCGAGAUAGUCAAGGAGUUUUUAUCGAAAAACAAACUGGAUGCCUUGUUUGUUCCAGAAGAAGUGGCUGACGUUUUUCAGCCAACAAACGUCUACUGGAAGCCUGCUUUCCAAGCCAAAAUCCGCCAAAAAUACGCAGAAUGGAGGACUAUAAGCAAGGAUAUCCCAUCUUCCUUGAACGUCUUUGAUUGGAUUCGAGUCGCCUGGAAUUCAAUUCCAGAAGAAACAAUUCGCGAGUCAUUAGUCGGUUGCGGUUUGGCAGGUUGGCCGGAACAGCUGUUAUCCACCAAUAUUCAUUGCUUUCAAAAGUACGGAUCAAUGGCAGAGGAUGUGAAGCGCAUGAUGGCUGAGAGAUGGAAGCUGUUCAAAGGAAUAACUAGAAGACAAGAACCUUGUUUUGAAACUUUUUUCCACAGGAACUUUCUUGUGGAGGACAGUCGCGAGUCCUCUGUCGUGCGGAAUGGCGAAGCUGACACAGAACCAGACGCUGAGCUUGACGCUGAACUUGACGAAGAAGCUAACGAAGAACCUGACGCUGGAUUUGACGAAGAACCUAGUCUCGUAAGACUUCCCCUUUCGAAAUCAUCAUAA